UUAAGGCUGAGAGCCCAAACAUUCUACUACAGAUCUCCGGAGAGAGAGAGAGAGAGGAGGCUGUGCUCGGGAUAUACAAAGGAUCGUCCAGGACUCUGCAACUAUCCAUUGGUAUCGGAGUGACCCUACCGGUGUACAAUGCAUACCGAAAUCAGUGUUUUACUCUUGAUCUUUGCCACGUGUCAAUGUCUUCCUUUCUACAAUGGAUUCUACUAUGAUCACAUCCUGAAUAACGGCUCUGCCAAUGGAAAUGGAGAAGUGGCCCACUUCAAUGGUGUGAAGCUUGUGGUUACUACACCCGAAGAUGCCCUCUUUGGUUAUCGCGGAGGUAACAUUACUCUUCCUUGCUCUUUCCACUAUGAACCGAAAUUAUCGGCUCCAAGAAGAUUUCGCGUGAAGUGGUCCAAGCUGCACAAAGACAACACAAAGGAGAAGGACGUGCUGGUGGCCAUUGGACUGAGGCAUCGGAGCUUCGGGGAGUACAAAGGUCGGGUCCACCUUCUCCAGAGCGCCCCACAUGAGGUUUCUCUCGUCAUUACCGAUCUGCGCCUGGAGGAUCAUGGGAAGUACAAGUGUGAGAUCAUUGAUGGGCUGGAAGAUGAAAGCGGCAUUGUAGAACUGGAAUUAAGAGGUGUUGUAUUUCCCUAUCAGCCUCACCAUGGGCGCUACCAGCUCAAUUUCCACGAAGCUAAAAAAGCCUGUGAAGGACAAGACGCUAUGAUGGCUUCAUUUGAACAACUUUUUAGAGCCUGGGAGGAGGGUUUGGACUGGUGCAAUGCUGGAUGGGUAAUGGACGGUACUGUUCAGUACCCCAUCACUUUACCCAGAGAACCCUGUGGUGGAAAGGACACUGCUCCGGGGGUGAGGAACUACGGAGAACGUCACAAGCACCUGCACAGAUUUGAUGUUUUCUGCUUUUCUUCUGCUUUAAAAGGUAGGGUUUACUUCCUAGAGCAUCCUGACAAGCUCACGUUUUCUGAAGCCAAAGAAGCGUGUGAGCAAGAUAACGCUAAGAUCGCCAAACUUGGCCAGCUCUUUGCUGCAUGGAAAUUUCUGGACUUCGAUCGCUGCGAUGCUGGAUGGCUGGAUGAUGGCAGUGUCCGAUAUCCCAUUGCCUUCCCCCGACUUAACUGUGGACCUCCGGAACCCGGUGUUCGAAGCUUUGGAUUUCCAGGAAAACACAAGAAAUUUGGAGUAUUUUGCUAUAAAAUGAGUUAAACACUCAAGGACAGUUUGAACAUGUACCUAGAGAAGAACUUUUUUUUUGGGCCGGGUAACAAGGUGGACAUAUGGAUAAAGGAGAGCCAAUCUCUGCCAGGCAAAUAUGUCACCUACAGUGAUGGCAUCAUAAAGACUUUUGUAAAAAUAAGUCAGAGAGCUCCUUGAAGGCAUAUCGGCAAUGUCAUAUAGUCAAAUUUUAUUGCAUUUGUGUAAGGACUAUUUCUCAAGUUGUUAUAUUUUAUUUUUUUCUAAGGAAUGUAAGGAUAAUACUAACGAUGAUGUAACAAUACGACUUACCGUUCCCAUAAAGUCUAGUAUAUAGACUAUAAACACCACAACACAGAAGAGGUUGUGUGCAUGAGGGGCCUUGUGUUUUUUUUUUUUUUUACUUAGGGUAAAUAUAUUACAGCAUGGAAGAAUGAUAUUGACUGCUACAGAGUACAAGAGCCUUUCUCUACCUUUUCACCCUAGAGGAAACCCUAAGAAACCCCUAAAAUAAUUUUUUUAGGUCUCGGGAAACCCUUACUAAAACCAAUUUAUCAGGAGCCAAUGUGGAAAAUGCCCCUUCCUUUGGUGGUGAGUAGGAAUAAUGCAACCCUUACAGUGGUGGUCAGAAUGCCACCCUUAGAGACAGCUAAAAAGGAUAGUUGAGUCAUGAUGCUGGUUUUGCCAAGUAGCAUUGGCCCUGCAGGCAUCAUCAGAUGGGAGGUCAAUCAGCCAAAGCAAAAGCAACCUCUAGGGUUCCACGGGACGCUGGUUGAAAAUGGCUGCUGUACAAUGCUGAACUAUAAAGUAUCUCUCAGUUCUACAGAUCACCAGCAGAGGCACCAUUCAUUGUGACCUCAGAGAAAAGCACAGCCGAUGUGCAAAUGUUAGGCAGGCCAACAAGAGGAAAGAUUUGUCUUUAUGAUUAUUUUCUAUUUAUUGAGAAAUACCUUUGCAAUGAUUCUUUUUUUAUGAUGUAUGAUACUGAAUAAAUCUUGGAAAAAUCCA